AUGAUUGAUGUCAUUGACUGCAUGUUGAUUGAUGUCACUGACUGCACGGUGACUGAUGUCACUGACUGCACGCUGACUGAUGUCAUCGACUGCACGGUGAUUGAUGUCAUCGACUGCACGGUGACUAAUGUCAUCGACUGCACGGUGAUUGAUGUCAUCGACUGCACGGUGAUUGAUGUCAUCGACUUCACGGUGAUUGAUGUCAUCGACUGCACGGUCACUAAUGUCAUUGACUGCACGGUGAUUGAUGUCAUUGACUGCACGGUGAUUGAUGUCACUGACUGCACGGUGACUAAUGUCAUCGACUGCACGGUGAUUGAUGUCACUGACUGCACGGUGACUGAUGUCAUCGACUUCACGGUGAUUGAUGUCAUUGACUGCACGGUGAUUGAUGUCAUCGACUGCACGGUGACUAAUGUCAUCGACUGCACGGUGAUUGAUGUCAUCGACUGCACGGUGAUUAAUGUCAUCGACUUCACGGUGAUUGAUGUCAUCGACUGCACGGUGACUAAUGUCAUCGACUGCACGGUGAUUGAUGUCAUCGACUGCACGGUGAUUGAUGUCACUGACUGCACGGUGACUAAUGUCAUCGACUGCACGGUGAUUGAUGUCAUCGACUGCACGGUGAUUGAUGUCAUCGACUUCACGGUGAUUGAUGUCAUUGACUGCACGGUGAUUGGUGUCAUCGACUGCAUGGUGAUUGAUGUCAUCGACUGCACGGUGAUUGAUGUCAUCGACUGCACGGUGAUUGAUGUCAUCGACUGCACGGUGAUUGAUGUCAUCGACUGCACGGUGACUAAUGUCAUCGACUGCACGGUGAUUGAUGUCAUCGACUGCACGGUGAUUGAUGUCAUCGACUUCACGGUGAUUGAUGUCAUCGACUGCACGGUGACUAAUGUCAUCGACUGCACGGUGAUUGAUGUCAUCGACUGCACGGUGAUUGAUGUCACUGACUGCACGGUGACUAAUGUCAUCGACUGCACGGUGAUUGAUGUCAUCGACUGCACGGUGAUUGAUGUCAUCGACUUCACGGUGAUUGAUGUCAUUGACUGCACGGUGAUUGGUGUCAUCGACUGCAUGGUGAUUGAUGUCAUCGACUGCACGGUGAUUGGUGUCAUCGACUUCACGGUGAUUGAUGUCAUCGAGUGCGUGCGUGAUGCAAGAUACAGAAACACAUGCAUGAUGCUGUGUGACGGUAUUCAAAAUGCAGGUCAAGACGUGGACACAGACAACUGA